AUGGGUAAUAACCAAUCACAAACGUUUAAAGACUCUAAACCAUUAUCAGCAUUUUUCAAUGAAAAGGUAUUUGGUAGCACAGUUAUCACAAAGGAGGGAUUUUUCUUUUUUAAUGAUAGAACUAGAGAACAUUUAAAAAACUCACUUUCAAAGAGAUCUAUCAAUUUAGUGGUAUAUGAUGAAGAGAAUAACCAAUUUAUAACAGCAGAAGAUGAUUUUUUCAUUCGUAUUUACAGUGGUGAUAGUGGACAAUUCAUUAGAGCUUUGCCAAAUCUACAGUCAAACUUAUCAAGUGAUGUAAUUUCAAUCUCUCAUCAAGAUUUUAUUCGUGUAAUUUUUCCAAUCACUCCAAUGACAUCAAAUAAUACUCAAUAUAAAACUGGUGAGGAUAUGUUGCUAUUAUCUGGUGCUAUGGAUGGAACUGUACGUCUCUGGGAUAUGGAUAGUGGAAGUCUUUUAGCAGUCUAUUUGGCCGAGGAUGAGGCCAAUAAAAGUUUAAAUAAAUUGUUGGAUACUUUAUCAUCUGGAAUUACUGCCUUAACUUUUGAUUCAAUUCAUUCAUAUGUUAUCUCUGGUGCUGCUGAUGGUAUAAUUAGAAAAUAUUCUUUUGUCGAACGUAAUGUCUUAGGAACUUUUGAUGGUCAUUCAAGAGGUGCUAUUUUAAAUCUUUUAGUUACAAGACAGGGUCAUUUGAUUUCCUCUUCAAUGGAUAGAACAAUUCGUCUUUGGGAUAUUGAAACUGGUAAACAACUCAAUGGCUGUUCAUUUUUUGCACAAACCAUAGUCUAUGAUAAAUAUCGUGAUAUCAUUUUUGCAGCAAGUGAUAAUGGCUCAAUUGCAUUAAUUCAAGUUGUAAAGGAAAAUGAUUGGAUAUUAAAAAAGAUUAAAGUAUUGGAUUUAAAAAAACCAGCAAUCAUUCAUUUACAUUAUAAUACAUAUGCAGAUUUAUUAACUGUAACAUCUAUCGAAACUAAUAUUGCAAGCGUUCAAAAUGCCACAGGAAUACCCUUUGAUGUUGUUCAACAAGAGUUUAAAAAUAGAGCUAAUUUAGUUCAAAAUCUUUGGAAUAAUGAUAGUAAUAGAAGUACACUUCAAUCAUCAAUUUCAAGAUCACAAUCAAAUUAUUCACUCUCAAGAUCACAAUCAAUGACUUUAAAUAGUAGCUCAAAUUUAAUUCAACCACCUCAAGCAUCACCAACAAUUUUACAGCAACAGGAAGAAGUUAUUGAGGAUUAUAUUUUCUCAAACGAAAUUUCACCAGAUUUAACAGAUGAAUUGGUUCAAAUAUCAAUUAUUGAAUUAAAAUCAAUUAAAAAUACAAAUAAUUACCAACCAAGUUCAAAUGAAACUAAUCAAGAUCAAUUAUUAGAAAAGCUUGGAAAAUUAAAGAAACUUGGUAAUGAUUUAUUCGAUAGUCAAAGUGAUGAAGAUACAGAGUUUAUUAAAACAAGAAAACAAAAAUAUGGCAGCGAACUAAAACAAUUUGAAGAUUCUGUAGAAGAAGUAACUGAAGAUUACAAAUCAUUAAUGAGAAUGUUAAUUGCCACCAAAGAUGCCGAUAUCGUUUUGGAUACUGAAAACUGUAAAAAAUCAAAACAAGAAGAUUUAGAAAAGAAGAGACAAGAAAUAUUAGAACGUCACAAAAGAGAAUUGGAAGAAUUUGAUGGUUAUUGUAACGAAGAGCUUAGAUUAUUUGGUGAAUACCUUCCAAUAUUAAAUAAAAAAGUUGUAAAUGAAUUCGUUGAAAAUAAAAAGAGACUAGUCCAAUCACAGGAAUCAAUCGAUAGAUCUAUUCAAGCCUACCUUUCAAAUACUUUUCCAGCCAUUUCAAAUCGUUAUCAUUUAGGUACUUUAAUCUCUGAAAUUUCAACUACUAUUUUCUGUGGUUUCGAUUGUCAAGAAUUAAAACCAGUUGCAGUCAAAGUUUUACCCCCAGGUAUUAAAUUAAAUAUUCCAGUUCACGAAAAUAUUACCAAAGUAUAUGAAAUCAGCGAAACUCCACAAUCAAUCUACGUUAUUAUGGAGCCAUCUGAAACAAGCUUAAAACCAUUCAUAGAAUUCUAUAACGAACAACAACAAUUAUCAAUGGAUAUCAUUCGUACCAUUAUGAAGCAACUCUUAGAAACUUUACAAUUCUUACAUUCUUCAAGUUUAGUUUAUCGUGAUUUAAAUCCAUCAAGAGUUUUAAUAUCUGGUACAAAGGAAGGAAAUGAAUCACUUAAAAUCAAUUUAACUCAUUUAGGUAUAAUGAGAUCACUUCAAGGUACAGUAGAGUCAGAGCCAGCUGAAGAUGGUAUGAUUUAUGGUGCUCCAGAAAUCUUUGGUGGUGUUAUCAACACAGAGUCAGAUAUUUGGUCAUUGGGUUGUAUUUUUAUUUACUUGCUCCAAAAUAAAGAAGAAAGAACCAAACCUUUAUUCCAUGGCCAUAAUAAUAAAUCAUUAAUCGAAAAUAUAGUUAAAAUCGUUGGUAGACCAUUCCAAAAAGAUGUAGAUAGAAUGAUUAAUAGUAAUAACAUGAAGAAUGAUGGCGUUCAAUUACUUCAAUUCGCUGUUCAAUUACCAGUUCCAUUCGAAGAUUGUAUUGAUAACCUUAGAGCCAAUUGUUCAAAUGCUUCGGAUUCUGCCUUGGAUUUACUUCAACAAAUGUUACAAUUCAUUCCAGAUAAAAGAAUUUCAAUUUCUGAAGCUUUAUUACAUCCAUUCAUUACAAAUCAAAAAUUAACCUUUAAAGAAAAACUAUUAAAAUUACAACAAGAAUUUAAUUUUGAACAACCAAUUAAUAAUGCUCAAGUUAAAGAGCCAUUAGAAGAUAAUAUUUCUCAACAAUCAAUUAAAGAUGAAAAGUUAAUUGAUACAAAUGAAAUAGUUAAAAAUGAAGAAUUAAUCACUACAGAGGAAGUUAAAUCUGAUGAAUCAUCAAAUGUUACCGAGGUAUUUGAAGAGAAAACUGAAGAACAACCAACAGAAGAAAUUAAAGUUAAUGAAUCAGUUACAGAAGAAAUCAAACCUGAAGAUCAAGUUGCUGAAAUUAAAACUGAAGAACCAGUAGCUACAGAAGAAUUUAAAACCAUUGAACCACUUAUUACAGAAGAAAUCAAAACUGAAGAGCCAAUUGUUACCACAGAAGAAAUUAAAACUGAGGAGCCAAUUGUUACCACAGAAGAAAUUAAAACCAUUGAACCACUUGUUACAGAAGAAAUCAAAACUGAAGAGUCGGUUGCUACAGAAGAAAUUAAAGCUGAAGAACCAAUUGCCGCAGAAGAAAUUAAAACUGAAGAGUCAGUUGCCACAGAAGAAAUCAAAACUGAGGAACCAGUAGUUAUGGAAGAAAUAAUAAUCAAUGAACCAUUUAUUAAUGAAGAAAUCAAAUCAGAGGAACCGGUUGAACAAUCACUAGCAAUAGAAGAAACUAGAGCUGAUGAACCAAUCGAACAAAGAGAAGAUUCAAUUGAAAAUACAGAAGAAUCUAUUGAAAACAAAAUAGAAGAACCAUUCGAAGUUAAAAUUGAAGAAAACCCAGUCGAGGAAAAAUCAAUUACUUUAGAAGCUAGAGAAGAGCAAUUAAUAGAGUCAAACGAGGAUAUCAAAUCCGAUGAACCAAUUAUUAGUGAAACCAAAUUAGAAGAGAAGACUGAUGAUAUAGUUAUUGUCGAAGAUAAAACAACUGAAAAUAAAAUUGAAGAUUUUUUAGAAAAUGAACCAGAAAUACCAGAUAUUGAUGAGUCAAGUGAAAAGUCAACCGAAUUUUUAGUUAAAGAAAACUCACAAAUGGAUGAUAUAGCUAAUGAACAAAUAGUAUCAGAAUCGAAAGAAGGGGAAAGUAUUAAUUGUACAAAUGAAGAUUUAAAUUUAGGAAACAAUAGGGAUAAUUUAAAUAGCAACCAAAAUGAAGAAAACCAAGUUAUUGAAGAGGAAACAGUAGAAAUCGAAGUCGAGGAAGAAAUUGAAGUUGAAGAGGAAAUUGAAGUUGAAGAGGAGAUUGAAGUCGAAGAAGAGAUUGAUGUCGAAGAGAUCGAAGAAUAA